GCCCGCCAGGCAAUUAAACCGGGAUUCCACCCCGUCGUGACGUCAAUGGCGGCGUAGCCCCGCCCGCGGGCUAUAAAGCAGCCCGCUUACCGCAGUCCGCUCGGCAGUUCGCUGGACAGCUCCCGGGUGCUGAAGACGAGGAGGGGGCUCGGCGUGGGGGGAAUUUGGCGCCAGGAUCAGCCAUGCCUGCGGGGGGCCCGUGCAGCCUUUUCUUCGCCUCAGUCCUCUUGCUGAGGGCAUGCGCCCAGAGCUUCGGCCAGACGCGCUUCAUCUGCACCUCGGUGCCGGUAGAUAUGGACAUGUGCACCUCCUCCCUGCCGGGCAGCGGCACGGCCGAGGAGCUGCAGACCACCGUCCUGCAGCUCCGGGAGACGGUGCUCCAGCAGAAGGAGACCAUCAUGAGCCACAAAGACACCAUCAGGGAGCUGACCACCAAGCUGGGCAGGUGUGAAAGCCAGAGCCUGCCGGAGACUGGCCACAGCGAGCCCAAAACGGGCGGGGGAUCCAGCCGCAAACAGCCCGGCUCGUCCAAAAACACCAUGGGGGACCUGUCUCGGGCGCCAGCUGCUGAGACCUUGAGUCAACUUGGGCAAACUUUGCAGUCACUCAAGACGAGACUGGAAAACUUAGAGCAGUUUAGUAGGAUCAAUUCCUCAGGCCAGACCAAUCACCUGCGGGACGUGCUUCAGAAUAAAAUAGACGAUUUAGAGAAGCAAGUUCUGUCCAGAGUGAACAGCCUGGAGGAAGGAAAGUUAACAAAGAACGAGUCCGAGGAACGAAGCAAAAUAGAGACCACGCUCACUUCCCUGCACCAGCGGAUCAGUGACCUGGAGAAAGGGCAGAAAGAGAGCCGGCCGGCCGACAAGUUCCAGCUGACCUUCCCGCUGCGGACCAACUACAUGUACGCCAAGGUGAAGAGGAGCCUGCCCGAGAUGUACGCCUUCUCCGUUGGCAUGUGGAUCAAGUCCAGCGCCUCGCCGGGCGUGGGGACGCCCUUCUCGUACGCGGUGCCGGGCCAGGCCAACGAGCUGGUGCUCAUCGAGUGGGGCAACAACCCCAUGGAGAUCCUCAUUAACGACAAGGUCGCUAAGCUCCCGUUCGUCAUUAACGAUGGGAAGUGGCACCAUAUCUGCAUCACCUGGACCACGCGGGACGGCGUUUGGGAGGCCUACCAGGACGGCACGCAGGGGGGCCACGGAGAGAACCUGGCUCCCUAUCACCCCAUCAAACCGCAGGGGGUCCUGGUCCUGGGCCAGGAGCAGGACACCCUGGGCGGGGGGUUUGACGCCACCCAAGCGUUCGUGGGCGAACUGGCCCAUUUCAACGUCUGGGACCGGAAGCUCAGCCCCGGGGAGAUCUACAACCUGGCCACGUGCAGCACCAAAGCCCCCGCCGGCAACGUCAUCGCCUGGUCCGAGACCAACAUCGACAUCUACGGGGGGGCCACCAAGUGGACUUUCGAAGCUUGCCGCCAGCUCAACUAGCGGCUGGAGCGCCCCCCCCCACCCCAAGGAAUCAAGGACUCGAGUCUGUCCCCCUCCCCCGUCCGUCCGUCUGUGCAAAGGUAAACCCAGCAAAGCCCCAGGCCCCGGCCUUGCCCGCCAAGCGGGGCGCGCCCCAGCCGGGGCCGGGCCCAGGGCCUCGGGCAGCCCCGAGCUGCGCUACCCACAAGUAGGUGAGAGGGUUGGUUCGUUCUUCGCUCUAUCUCUGGAGCGCGGCGUCCGCGCUCCCAGCUCCCCCGAGCCGGCUCAUUUCUCUCUGCCAACUUCCUUUGAAGCCUGCGUGCCUUGGGCUGGUGCAGCGCCUCAGCGCAUCUCUUCAUCUGCAUCCUGGUAAGGAGAGCGCUGCUGCUGCUCCUGCUGCCGCUCCCCUCCCCCGCGGCUCGUCCCCCAAGCAGGGGGGCGCGUCUGCACCCGGAGAAGGGGGCGCUGAGUUCUCGCUCCAUUCCUACCCGCACGCCCCACCCCUGAGCACCGUGUCGGUGGGGCAGAGCACAAGGCAGCCUCGACUUGCUUUGGGCCAGGGGGUGUGGGGCUGACGCAGGAGCCUCCGGUCCCCGGUUACUUUCGGGGGCGGUGGGAGACACCUUCCGUCUUUCACUACCGGGGCGCGACUCCUGUUCGCUUGGACUGUCUCUGCAGGAGCAUGGAAGGAGCAAGACGCCCCCCGCACCUCCCCUCCUUCCCCUAUUGGGCUUGGAAGCGGAGCCGCAAACCCGGGCAGCGCUCACACCCCCUUUCCUCGACCUGCUUCCAAACCCCUCCGAUCCCCAGGCUCCUUCCUUCUCCAGCCUGCCCCCCUUCAACGUUUGACCAGCAGGGGCGUUUCCUGGCCAGGAACAGUCCUGCCCUGUGCCCUAGGAAUUGGGGGUUCGGGGCCAGGAGACCCCCUAGGACCCAUGUGGGAUCCUGCUCCGGCUCUCACUUGCUGAAGCCAACGCACCCUCGGAGCCCUGCUGGGUCGCUGGCCAGUGAUUUACCGUCAGCUCAGCUCAGGCCUCUUCCUCGGCCGCAAAGCGCCCAUCCGCAGGCGCCAGAGACCCGCAGGCUGCGGGGGUGGGGGCAAAGCAGGGGAUUUGAAUCCUCUGGCCACAGCCGGGGCCCGAGUGCGGGUCAGGCGCUUGCAGGUGCCCGGCCUAUAGUCAAGCACUUCCCGAGCCGCGUCUGGCGUUCAGCAGCCGCCCCUCUCCAGCCGGGGGAGGCGGGUUAGCUCUGGCCUGGCUCCGAGCCCAGCGGCUCCUGUCCCAGGUUUACUGGGGCGAGUUAUAAAGGAGGGGCUGUUUAUGGAGCCUUCUACGGGGCCGUCCCCUCCCCGCUUUGCGGCACCCCUGGAUUCCCGAAGAGGCGGCGGGGGCGGGCGGGCUUUGACAUUCCCGUGGGUGCUUCGUCUUGGUUCCCUGGCCUGCUUGCAGGGGCUGCUGGGGGCGGGAUGCCCGAGCGAUGUUCAUGCCAUAGAAUGUCCCAGUUCCCAGCAGGAGGGUGGCUGGGGAGCAGCGUUAUCCCUCCCCCUCCAGCUAAACUGCUCCGGGCUUCAGUCUUCAAAACACGUUCAGGUCCCACUGGCCUUCAACUCAGCAGCCCUGCGACUUCUGGGAGCUGUCCCUUCAGCCAGGGCGGGGCCACCGGAGCUGUCCCUUCAGCACCCCCGGAGCUGUCCCUUCAGCACCACGCCCCCCCGCUCUGUCCCUUCAGCACAGGGCAGGGGGCCCCGGAGCUGUCCCUUCAGCACCACGGCGCCCCGCCCUCCCGGAGCUGUCCAUCCAGCAUCAGGCUACCCCGCACCCACGCCCCGGGGGAGCUCGGGGCCUGGAGUCACCCGGCCCUUUCCCUCCUUGGGCGCCUCUAAUGCCCGAACACUUUAAAGAACGGAGAGAGGACGAGGCUCCUCCAUCGCGUCUGUUCCUCCCUGCCCCUGCUGCUCCCUGAUGCACUGACUGAACCACGCCUCUCUCAGGUAAUGUCCUUUUAUAAAAUACGAAGCACUGCCGAAGCAGUGUGUGUUUUGCCUAGCUACACAGGCACCCUAUGUGUGACAGCUGUUAAAUAGCUUUUGCUGGCCCCUGAAAGUUUAGCUACCCUCAAUCUUCAGCCUUUCUGCUUUUGAUAACACAGGAUAUUAUUUAUCUUACUGUAAAAGGAAGUUUAUUACCAAUAAAAGGUAUUUUUAUGAAGGAGAAAAAAUAAAAGGAUAUAAAAUUAACUGAACGUCCCUGAAAAAUACUUUAAGACACUACAGUGUCGGUGUGUGCGGGUGAUAAAGAGAAGCUUAUUUUGAAGUAAUAGAUAUAUUUUGUAUGGUUUCCCUUUACAACUCUUGGUCUGCAGGAGAUCAGCGCCUAGCCCGCUUCUGAACCCCAUCUUUGGUGGUAGGGGUGGGUGAGGCAGAGAGAAUUCACACGAGGCUGAACCAGCCUUUAUGACAAACUCCAAAGAUAUGGCAAAUAAAUGUGCAACGUGGAGGGACAUGGAAUAAGCAGUUCAAGGUUGAUGCUGCGCUCCAGGGCUGAUCCUGCUCAAGCCAGGAGAGAGCUGGUCACAUGACCAGCCCUUUUAAAACACAGCAUUGAGAUGCAGAGAAAUCACCAUCCACAAAACAAAUCAAGUUACCUUGAUACCAAAACGUGGCCCAGGGCAGCAUAUUUUAACUGUGCUCUUAAAAAAACCUCAACAUUGUAAGUUCAGUUUGUUGAGCUAGUGAUUGGAAACUGUUGGCUUCAGCUAUCAGCAGCUUAAGCACAAUUUGCUGCUGGAAAAACUGAUAAUUGGAAAAAAUAAACCCACAGUCCUAAUUGCAUCUGAUUUGCCAAAAAGAGUGAUAUUAUGUAUAUACUGUACAGAAUGGUAGAAAAUAAACAUAUCUGAAUUUGUCAUUAUUUUGCUAACCAAAGCUGUAAAUUUUUCCUAUGACUUGCUAUCAGUCUUUUUGGGUUUUGAAUGGGUUAUUAAUAUAUCACACAGCCACAAUCCACGUCAGCAGUUCUGGAAAUGCACUGUUUCUACUGGUAUUCAUGCUUUUUUCAUUUUAUUGCUGAAAUUUACAUGAAUUGUUGAGUUUAUUUUUACACAAUAAAGACUGAAGAAAGA